AUAUCUGGAAAACCGCUGAAGCAAACUCUUUCAAACUGCUGCAUUUGACAUAAUUCAGAAUAACAUUUUUUAAGGAUUAAUUUCACUUUGUAAUGUGCACCAUGCUUUGAACAUCAGGUCUUUCGGACAUGUAAUAAAUGAAUAGUACACGUCAGGUCAUUUGACUGAGGUGUUAUUUGUUUGAUGGAUUGAUCCCACUGAGCCCCAGUUGACUCCUGCCUUCACCUUCAUGCAUCAGAUUAAAGUGUUUGUCAGGACUGAACUCCCUGGAAGACGUCUCCACAACCUCAGUUAACCUUGAUUUAUUCACGACACGCUCUUCAACACACCAAUUUCACAACGGAUUGCCAUAAUGUGCGCAGCGGCUCAUUGAGCUCAGCUAUUAAUGAACGGCAGCUUCAGGUCUGUGCUUGGCCAAAGAGUGUGUGUGUGUGUGUGUGUGUGGGGGGGGGGUGGGUAAUAAAAAAAAAGGUGCGCAGUGGGGAACAGCAGAGGGCAGCGCAGGACAGAGGAUGGGCGCACAGCGAACAGCCRGCKGAAUGGAGCGAUCCUGAGUCCAGUCCAACAUUUCUGCUUGUUGUUGUUGCUGCUGCUGGUGGACGAGCUGGUUCUUUUGGAGCAUUAUUUCCCGAURCCACCUCAUUAACCUUCCAGGAGGACGUAAUUUCCCGCGGACGCAGAACCUCGGCAGGACAUCAAGUUUUGUUGUGGAGGAGCUUGGAGCCGUUGGAGCCACAGAGAGAGGACGCCAUGCAGCGUCACUUGUGGAUACACGCCGUUUGGAUCCCCUGCGUCACGGUCCUCUUCGCAUUUCAAGGAUUUCCCGUCCGGAGUGUGGAUAUGCAGCGAGCCACGGACAACAUCACCAUCCGUCAGGGCGACACGGCAAUCAUAAGGUGCUACGUUGAUGACAAAGUUUCCAAGGUGGCCUGGCUCAAUCGAUCCAACAUCAUCUUUGCCGGCCAGGACAAGUGGUCCCUGGACCCCAGAGUAGACCUGGUCACUAAAGGACAGCUGGAGUACAGCUUACGCAUACAAAAGGUGGAUGUGUAUGAUGAAGGCUCUUACACCUGCUCCAUACAAACUAAGCAGCAGCCCAAGACUUCGCAGGUUUACCUCAUCGUACAAGUUCCAGCCAACAUCUACAAGGUGUCAGAAGAUAUCACUGUGAAUGAGGGCAGCAACGUGACGCUCAGCUGUUUGGCAACCGGCAGGCCGGACCCCAUGAUCACCUGGCGGCUGCUCAACCCCUCAGCAGAGCCGCUGGAUGGAGAAGAGUACCUGGACAUUAUAGGCAUCAUGCGGAACCAAGCUGGUCGUUAUGAAUGCAAGGCCAGCAACGACGUUGCCACGCCUGAUGUCAAAUAUGUCAAUGUGGUCGUCAACUACCCUCCAACAAUAAAGAAAACCCAGAGCUCAGAGACACCUGUGGGCCGCAUGGGGACCCUGCAAUGUGAAGCUGUGGCUAUACCCACUCCAGAGUUUGAAUGGUACAGGGACGAAAAAAGACUGUCCAAUACCCAGGGCAUCAAUAUCCAAAUUCUUGGCACGACCACUGUUCUCAUGAUUGCUAAUGUCACUGAAGAAGAUUAUGGAAACUACACCUGUGUGGCCUCAAACCGACUGGGUACUCAGAGUGCCAGCCUUUUCCUCUAUAGACCCGGAUCAGGUCGAGACAUCAGCGGCUCUGCCUGUGUUUCCCACUCACUGUGGCUCCUGCUGGCCUCCUUCGCCUGCCUUUUCUUCAAAUGUUAAUACAGCUACGCUCUCAUUAACGCCUCCCCUCUCUCCGCUCCUUCCUCUCUCCACUUCACCGACAUCCUAAUCGCUACCUUAUUACCAACGACUGUUUGCAUCAUGAUACAAGAACCUUACGUGCUCUCGAGCACUCUGGAGCACUGCUGACAGAUAUUAAGCGCUGGGUUAUGAGUACACAAAAUCAAUUUUAAAAAAAAAAGUGAAAUGAAGGACAGAACAGUGCUCUUUCAAAGAAUUACAUUGUGUUUAAUUUGUACUUAUGUUUCUGCUACAUCCUGUUUUGGGGUCAGAACAGGGGUUGGGUUUUUUUUUUUUUUUGUUUUUUUGUUCAAAGUUAAAACCAGAGAGAGCCCAGUCACUAAGAUGCCAACAAUCAACUCUGUACAGAGCUUCUUACUCUAUCAUGUGAUCUCACCGUGUUUAACCAGUGCAUUAAUUCGUAAGAUGAAAAGCAUCUGCCAAAUAUACACAGAGAUUUAAAACUACUGAAUAAAAAAAAGAUUAAAGGCGAACUGCUGCAGUGGAAUUUGCAACGAGAUUAGAGCUCGGUGGUAGAGCUGACGCCACCAGGAUGAAACAUAAAAGAAAGUAUUAACCAGAAAGUUCCUCAGCCUGUUUAGGUUGGUGCAGCUGAGGAUGAAAAUAAAAGAUUCAAACAAAGCUUAGAAGCAGCGUAGAAACCUGGGAAACUCAGUUCAUCCAGUGCUUUUGCAGUUCCUUGCUUUUAUUUUUGAAAAAAAAAAUGGACUUACAAAGAAAAACACAUGAUGGGUAACAAUGAUUGUGUACUGUAUAUAGUCCAGCUUUGUAAUCGUCACUGACGAGCUCUGCCAGAACAUCGAGGAGCAGAGAGCGUCGUCGCCAUGCGUGCUUUUAGUUCAGUUAGGACCAGUCUGUUCACAGCUUGGAUUUGGAAACAAAAUAUUUAUAAGAACAAAGAGUGGAUUUUGUUUUUUACUCGAAGGUAUGUGUCUUAAAAUGGUACAGAACAUUAUAAUAUUAUAUUACAGAACMAUAUUAUUAUAUUUAUAUUGAGUUGUUUCUGUUUUUACCUUGUUGAUUUAUCAGCAUUUACAGUGUAUAUUUACAUCACAACUCCCUCAAUAGGAAAAUACUAAUUUGAUAUGUUGAUUUUUCUAAAAAGGCUAUCAAUCUGUUGAGGUUUGUAGAAUUUAAAGUCAUACCUGUCAAAAUAUGUCAUAUUAAGUGUUUUUGAUUUCAAUUUUUGUUCUUCUAUGAUAACUAAAAUAUACAUUAUUCACUACCAAAAUGCAUAAUAUAGAAAUUAAUCAGCAUAAUCAGUACAGUCAGGUUUUAAUUGCGACAAUUGCGAGUUGUUUGCUUACAUCAACAAAAUUUUCCUUGAGUGUGAAUAAAGUCAGAGGGAGAAAGAUGGAAUUGGAGACGCUGGUUUGAAAGUGAAAAAUUAAAGUUCUCUCGUUUUCUGAAGAAAAAGGGAUUAAAAUCUGUAAGGAUGAGUCGACAGAGUUUUAUUGGUGAAAGAAAUUGCGUUGGAGAGUUAAAGCAAAAGUUAGGGCUAAGAUGAUAAAUGAGCUGUGCUGAAAUAUUCAAAUCUACCCAAAUUAGUUGUAAACAAAAACAAGAAUUAUUUGCUGUUAGAAAAAUCCAAAUGAGUUCAAACUUAUUUGGAUUACACUAUAUUAAUAUUAAACUAUUAUUGAUGUAAAAACUGUUUUAAAAGCCAUAAAAAUUCUAAUAAAUAUGAGAAAAUGUGUAUUUUGACAACUUUUGUGGCYUUAAAUCGGCAAAUCUGCUUUGUCACCUAAAACCAUUUUUAAUGAAAAAACAAAAUAGUUCUGUGCUGUCGUUGUUGGACCAGUCCUUGAGCUGACACGUGCUUGUUGAUUUUACAUUAAAAAAAGGCUGUAAUGCUUUUUUCAAACAGCUAAAAUUGAUUAUCAGAACAGAAACUAAAUGAAAACUGAAUGGGAUUUGUCUCAGUGAUCUAAUAAUAGCUAAAGUAAUGAAAAGUGCCCAAACAAAAUUUUCAAAAGUUUUACUAAAAAUGCAGCUGAUUUUUUUUCUGUAAAACUAAUCUGAGGCUCAGGAUUUCACAGCCUGCAAAGAGGAGAAGGUAGUCAACCUGAUGAACUGUUUGCUGCCUUUUCRUGGUCUUCUGUGUUCAGCUCAUCAACAUUUUUGCUUCUCAAAUAGAACGUACAGUUUGUUUUAAGUACAUGUAAUUAUUGCUAACACUGUCAAAUGAUACGGGAAUCAUUCAGACAUUUCCAAGUGGAAUUUCGCCAAAUAAAAGUUAUGCACAGUUAAAAUAAACCCGUUGCAAGUACUGUUUUCAUUAUCCUCAGUUUAUGGAAACAGUUCAUWAAUAGUCAGUCUGAAGGCCGAGACUGCUGUUAUCCUAAAACACUUAUAUCUAAAGUUUGCUUUUUUAAAAGUGAAUACUUUUUAAACCUUUAUACAUCGUUAGUUUUAUAUUUCAUUUUUGCAAAAUACUGUGGUUAUAUGUACAUCUAUGUACAAGUUCUAUGUAAGAACAAAUACAAGCAGCCAGCUGGCAAACGUCUAGUGCAGCCUUUGAUAGAAAUGUCAUGCUGAAAUGAUAUUGUCAUGUAAAAGUUUUUAAAAAGUGUUCACUUGAAAUAAUCCAAAAUUUUUGGAGAUUAGAUUUGUUUCCAUUUGUUUUCAAACACCCCUCAACUAAACUUAUUCAUAUUGCUUCAAAAUGUCUGAAGGAUUCCUUUAAAAGACGUGUUCCUUGUGUUUUUUAUUUAAAAAUGCCUCUGAGGUUGAAGCCCUGUGCCGUCACCAUCAGCUCUGUCGAUCACAGCCGAUAUGUUUCCGACAAAGAUCCGGGUUUGGAGAUGAAAAAAAAAAAAACAAUGUUGGGUUUAUGCUCUCGUUUUACAUCUUUUGUUUAUGGAUUUUAAUGUGACAUAUUUUUUGGUAACCCAUAUUUUGACAGUAACAGCAGCAGCAGCUGUAUUCUUGUUAAAGGGAGAAAAGUUGUGAAAUGUGUCCUCAUGAGAGCAGUUUGCCUGUGGGUUCCUUCUGCUAAAAUGUUAAAAAGAAAAAGACUCCAGGCAGAGCCAGGGUGACCCUUCUGGGGCCCUUAUGGAUCAUUUUGACCCAAGGGCAGCAGGAGGGUUGAACAAAUAUGAACAUUCGUUUUUCUUUCUUCUUUACUUGGUUCUAGUUUUGCUGACAGAGACCAUGACAUCUCAUUUAGCACUGGAAUGCAUGAUCACUGCGUAACAGAAACUGUAAGAAAAACCAAGGUGUAUGGGUAAAACCGAUUCAGUGUCCAUCAAACUGGUGACUACAUGCUGAGCUCACCACUGCACCUGUGCUGGUAAAAAGCACAGACUUUUGUACUGAAAUACCAGAUGUAAAAAAAAAAAGAAAAAGCCAUGGCGUUCUCUGCCUUUUUCAUAAAGCAGAUGAGAAGCUGUCCUUCCAUUCCUCAUGCAGACCUACAGCCAGCCUACGGACACAGCAGCAGCCCGCUGCAGACAGGCAGAAAGAUCUAGUUUACUACAAAGCAUUGCCUCAAAGCCUCGCCCUCGCUCCUCUGUACAGAACCUGCUCAUGUGUGUGGCGUGUGCUUUUUUUCUCAGCCCGCUGUAACCGAAACGACGUCCGUGUGAGGCUCGAGAGGUUGGCUCCCUGAAGCUAACAGUCUCCUUUUUCUUUUUUUCGUGAUGUUUAACAAGGUAACCCUCUGAUCUUAAGUUUCGAUUCCUCUUUCUUCGCCUCCCUCCUGUGUAUAUAAUGAACUCAAGUUUUUACAUUAGAUUGGUGUAAAGUCAGCGAUUCGAAUCACGUUCAUACAUUUAAAAAAGAAACCGGAACAUUUCCUUUCCAUAAUGGGAAAAAAAAUUGAGAUUAAGUCGUGGAUUAUGAUGCAGUCGUGUCCCAUUGUUUUCUAUUUUAUUUGCAGUCAGUUUCUAAAAAAGUAAGAGAAAAAAUGUAUUAAAGGUAAACUGUAUGAGAAACUGUUAACAAAAUAAAGAUGUUUGAAUUCAGUGCUCUGUAUUUGAAUGUGACUUGAGAUGUUGGGGCAAAUAUGGAUCACCAUGUGACAUGCAAAUAAAAUGAUAAACGUA